AUGUCCCAACCAACGCAGCUUCUGGUGCUGGACACAUUCUUCAAUGGAAGUACCCGUUACACGCAUCGCCCAACUCUGACCAAAUUACAUUCCACAGAUGAAUGCGCAAACUUAAGGUUGACGGAAACUCGGGGACUGCGCCUACCUGAUGAGCCCCAAGAAGGGCGAAACCGGUCGUGGGCUGUCGACAAAUUUUCAGCAACCUUAUGCGUAGUACAUUACAAAGAUAUACAUGUAUCGCACUGGAUACAAGACUCUGUAUUGCCAAACAUUAGGUUAACGGAAACUCGGGGACUGCACCUACCUGGUGAGCCCCAAGAAGGGUGA